AUGUCUCAACGCUCGUCUCAGCAUAUUGUGGGGAUACAUUAUGCGGUAGGAGCCAAGAUAGGCGAAGGAUCCUUUGGAGUGAUCUUUGAAGGGGAGAAUAUCUUGAACUGCGGUUAUAACGGGGCCGACGAGGAGCAUGGCGGCGAGCGAGGCGGGUGUGAGCCGGUGGCUAUCAAGUUUGAGCCGCGGCGGUCGGACGCUCCGCAGCUGAGAGACGAGUUCCGGGCGUACAGGAUUCUGAGUGGGUGUCGGGGCAUCCCGCACGCGUACUACUUCGGACAGGAGGGGAUGCAUAACGUGUUGAUCCUGGAUCUUCUGGGGCCGUCGCUGGAGGAUCUGUUCGAGUGGUGCGGCAGAAAGUUCUCGGUGAAGACGACUUGUCUUGUCGCAAAGCAGAUGAUCGAUCGUGUGAGGACUAUACACGAGCACGACCUCAUCUAUCGCGACAUCAAGCCGGACAACUUCCUGAUAGCAGAGUACCAGAGAAGCACGGGGGAGCGGCAGCUGACCAAGUCGAUCGCGGGGUCUGCAGACGGCGAUCCGAACCUGAUAUACAUGGUGGACUUUGGCAUGGCAAAGCAGUACCGGGACCCUCGCACGAAACAGCACAUUCCGUACCGGGAAAGGAAAUCAUUGAGCGGCACAGCAAGGUAUAUGUCUAUCAACACGCAUUUUGGGCGCGAGCAGUCGCGAAGGGACGAUCUAGAGUCUCUGGGACACGUCUUUUUCUACUUCCUAAGAGGUUCAUUGCCCUGGCAAGGUUUGAAAGCACCGAAUAACAAGCUGAAAUAUGAAAAAAUUGGGCUAACCAAACAGAAGAUAAACCCCGACGAUCUGCUGACAGAAUCGAUCCCUCCUCAAUUCUCGGCAUAUUUGAAAUAUGCGCGAUCUUUGAGAUUCGACGAAGACCCCGAUUACGAUUACCUGGUCUCGCUCAUGGACGAUGUGUUGCGUCUGUUGGGCUUGCAGGACGACGGUCACUACGAUUGGAUGGACUUGAAUAAUGGCCAAGGUUGGAACAUCAAGGUCAACAAGAGAGCCAACUUACACGGUUAUGGGAACGCGGGCCCAAGACAUAACGAGAAUGCGAACAAUGCUACAAGACCCUCGACACAUGCAAACGCCAGAGCCAAAGCACAGCCCAACAACCCAAGCUCGGUUAAUUUGGCCAAGCAGAAACUGAGACAGUCCAAUGCCGGCUUAGGCGUAGUUCCCAACAGUCCCAACACGCUUGUCAAGCAUAGAAAUUAUGACUCGAUGGGGAGUCGUGUACUUAAACAGAGCAUGGCAGCCAAUGGCCCUGGUGGUUAUAAUGAUUUUCGGAUGGGCGGUCCAAAAAUGGAGGACAAAAAUGCAGUGUACUAUCGAAGACAGCAAUCGCAGCAGGUGCAAGCACAAAAUAGUCAAAGAUCUCAACUCGACAAUGGGGACUCUGAGGAGAAUAAGGGCUUUUGUGCCAGGAUGUGUUGUUGCUGGUUCUGA